UUUAAUCAGAAGCUGUAGAGAGUCUAGAGACGAAGACGAAGAAGACAUUUAUUUUUCUCAAUCAUUGGCUCAAGCAGCGAGGUUAAGCAUGCAAAUGCACAAAGAGCUAAAUCUUCUCCUCUCCGAUCCACCUCACGGCGCUUCGUUUCCACAUCUCUCUUCCGCCGCCGCUGGCUCCGGCGAUCUCUCCACUUUCUCAACCAUCGAUGCUCAAAUCGAAGGUCCUGAAGAUACAAUAUAUGCUAAUGGAAUCUUCAAUGUGAAGAUUCAAAUCCCUGAGAGGUAAUCUAUCAAACUCUUUUUGUUUGUGUUGGUUCUAAUGUGAAUUUUGUUAAAUCAGAUAUCCAUAUCAGCCACCAAUUGUGGCCUUUGCUACUCCGAUUUAUCACCCAAACAUGGAUAACAGUGGCCGGAUUUUUCUUGACAUCCUAUAUCUCCCUCCCAAGUUUUCUGAUAGGGUGCUUGGCAACCAUCAUUGAAUAUCUCAACAGUUUUGACUAGCAUAAGGUUGCUACUUGGUGAACCAAAUCCGGAUGAUGGUUUGAUGUGUGAAGUAGGAGUAUAAAUACAAUAGACAGACUUUUGAUUAUAAGGCAAAAGAGAUGACUGAUAAAUAUGCUAAGAAUCAUGGAGAUGAGAAGGCUUGUGAAAGUAGAAAUAGUGUUUUAGCUGGUAAUGACGAUGGGAUUAAGCUGAAGUUGACAGUGGAAUAUUGUGACACUGCAGCAAAAGCUCGACGAGAGGAUGGAAAUGGGAAGAGAAAAGCUGUGAUUGGUUCUGGCGAGGCGAACACAUUUGGUAAUGAUGGGAUGAAAACGAGCAGGAAGAAGUUAUCUCUUGCCUUGCCUCCUCAAUCUCAAAAGAAAGACUUGUGUGGUGAAGAAGAGCUCACAAAUGGAGUUUCAGCUGCUUAUAAAGAAAACAAGAAACCAAAUUCAAAUGGAAAGAAGCUUUCUCUGGGGUUAAAGCAGCCAUGUAAGGAUACCUUGACGAGUUUUCAAACUUCUGCUGCAAAGAGUGAGAACAAUAGACAAAACCGAGUUGCAGAGUUGAGUGAGGUUAGCAAAACCAAGGUAGUACAUGCGCAAACUGAAACAGAACUGGAAAUGAAUCAAAAUGAAAAUGCAAGAAGUCGAGGUGAGUUUGAGAACUUGGUGUUAUGAGCCGACAUUGAUCUAGUGAUUGGAGCCGUGAUUGAAAUUAGAACAAGAGAUUUAAAAGCUAACUUCCCUUUAACCCAACUCUCUCUUUUGAGAAUUAGGUUAAUUGUUGGAAGCUUGGAAUUCUCAUUAGCAUAAGAGGGUUCUUAUAUAGAACCUUACAAACCAACCUAUCUCUCCUAUUAAAAGGAAACUAUAUAAAACCUUAAAUCUAAUUAAAAGGGAAUAACAACAUAAUUCUAAUAGCAUAUCAAAACCUAAAUAAUCAUAUCAUUACUCCCAUCUUCCACUUGAAGCUUGUCCUCAAGCUUCAGCUCAUGGCAUGUCCUCCUCUUCAAUUGGUUCGUCGUCUUGAUUAGCACCAUCAUUGACUACUGUGAUCUGAAAAAGAACUGGUUUGCAAACAUGCCCUCGGGUGAAGAAUUCAUCACAAUUGAAGCAGAGACCUUUUGCUCGUCGCUCUUCCAUUUUUGUGGUGGUCAAUUUCUUCUAAAGCAGUUGUUGAGGAGCCGGUUUCUCUUCUGUUUGUUGGGGCAACUGAGCUUCCUUGUCUUUUCCACCCUUGGAGCUCUAACGAUUUCUUGUCCUAGGGAACAAGACCGAGUGUUGAGCUAUUGGUGCCAAAUGUCCUCCAAACGUCCGUGUCCGCUUGUUAUUAUCGAUCUUGUAAUCAUUAUCUCGAGCAUAUUCCAUUUCUUUAAAAAUGGUCUCAGGACGGAGAUACUCGACUUCCUUCCUUAAACUAUCUGUCAGUCCAACGCAAAACUGCCACAGUUGUUGGUCUCCAAUUAGUCUCGUUUGCCUUCCCAAACAUUCCUCAAACUGGUUACAAUACUCAUCAAUUGUUCCCGUAUGUCGUAGAUUAUAUAACUCUCCAAUUGGAUUCACGGCAUCGGCCUUUCCAAAACGACUUUUACAAAUCCUCUUCAAUUCAGCCUAGCCUAGCCUAUGCGUGAAUAACCUUCUCAAAUUGUUGUGCCAGUGAUACGCUUUACCAGUCAAGACAAAGGUUGCUUGGCAAACUCUUGCAUCGUCAUUGAAGAUACCUUGAUCUUCGAAAUAAUCUUCACACUUUUGUAACCACUCAAUUGCGUUAGCUGUACCAUUGUAAGGUGGAAAGUCCAUCCUUGAUGGUGGCACCAUAACUCUAUCAGCCUCUUCCCUUCCACUUUCUCUAGAGCUCUUCCAACCAAUUCCUUUUUGCACUCUAAUAUCUCAUGUCACGUAACUGGUUGUUUCUUCUUCUUCUUGGACAUCUCCAAUUAGUCGAACUGGCCAUUCUCCUCCCCCGUCAGCCAAGCGGUGACCACACUCUCUUCCCACGGAGCGUUUAGUCCAUGGCCCUCCUGAAGAAACCCUUCUUUGAUCGCUUAUCAAACCUAUGUUAUCUUGAGAUGUUCCCUUGUUUAGUUUGCUUUUCGAUAUAGAGACUUCUUCUUUUCCUUCAUCUAUCUCGUCUUUAGCCACAACUAACGAAAGAGCUUCAAAUUUUUUUGUGUUUUCUCCUUUUUCUGUCAUAAAGCUCUCUUGGAGUUUUUUUUGUGUUUUUCACAAAGUUCCUCACGAAGUUCUUCUAUCCUUGAUUUAGUCUGCUCUCUCUCCUCUUGCUGGGCUGCAACAAUGGAUUCCAGAGCCGCCUGUUGUGCCUUUGUUGCCUUUUGCAGAUCCUUGGUGUUAGCCUUCAUCGGAGUUAACUUCUCGUUGAUCUUGUUAAUGUCAGCUUUCAGCUCCGUUUUCAUUGAUUCCAUCGCUUCAAACAGUUUUGCUUCCAUCGCUUCAAGCAGUUUUGUGAGUAGAGCUUGAAUGGAUCCAGUCUUUCCCAUUGAAUCGUCUUGCUCCGAUACCAAUUUGUUAUGAGCCGACUUUGAUCUAGUGAUUGGAGCCGUGAUUGAAACUAGAACAAGAGAUUUAAGAGCUAACUUCCCUUUAACCCAACUCUCUCCUUGAGAAUUAGGUUAAUUGUUGGAAGUUUUGAAUUUUCAUUAGCAUAAGAGGGUUCUUAUAUAGAACCUUACAAACCGACCUAUCUCUCCUAUUAAAAGGAAACUAUAUAAAACCUUAAAUCUAAUUAAAAAGGAGUAACACCAUAAUUCUAAUAGCAUAUCAAAACCUAAUAAUCAUAUCACUCGGUCUUGGAAGAAACAGCAGUACUUGAAUCCAUUGUUGUUCUAGACAGUGAUGAUAGUGGAGAAGAAGAAACAGUCUCUUCAUGGUCAAGGUUAUCACUGGCAAGAGGAAGAAGAGGCCUCAAGUGUAGACCUUAAAAAGUGACGAAAACUGUUUUGUUGUUUUUUUGGGUGGAAUCAAAGCUUUCAGAUUAAUUUUUUCUUAAGCUUAUGGUUAUUAGUCUUGAAAUGUAAAUGGGAAUCUUGUUCUGUCUUUGAUAAAGUCUAUGAAGUAUCGAUGGAUAAAGUCUUA